AUGUUAGAUGUUGGGAACAACCAGUUGAGCGGUACCUUCCCCUUCUGGAUGGAAAGCCUAUCCCAGUUGCGUGUUUUGAUUUUGCAAUCUAACAAAUUCUAUGAUCCCAUUACACAACAAUCAAUGGAGGCUGCUGAUUCUCAAUCUCCCUUCCCAAUGCUACAUGUGUUUGACAUCUCUCUAAACAAUUUUACAGGAAAGUUGCCACUGGAAUAUAUUUGUCAACGGAAAUCAAUGUUGGUUACAGAUGUACCUCAACUGGCCCAUUAUAUAGUUGGAAGUUCUGGCUAUCAAGUUACACUCGAGAUUGUAAUCAAGGGAAUAAGUUUGAAGAUGGAGAAGGUCAUAGAAACAUUCACCGCCAUAAAUCUUUCUUACAACAAGUUUCGAGGAGAUAUGUUAGUCUCAAUUGGGGAACUUAAAGCACUCAUGGGGCUCAAUUUAUCUGCAAAUGACCUCACAGGACAAAUUCCAUCUUCACUUGCUCGGUUGAGCAGGCUUCAAUCCCUGGAUUUUUUCAGAAAUAGCUUAUCAGGGGAAAUCCCCCAACAAUUGGGACGCCUCACAUUUCUUGAAGUUUUAAAUCCGUCUCAAAACCAUAUACCACAAGGCAACCAAUUUGAAACAUUCUCAAUUGCUUCAUAUGAAGGGAAUGAGGGAUUAUGUGGAUUUCCAUUACCAAAAAGAUGUGGAAUAAUAGAAAGAGCACUACCUCCAGCUUCGACACUUGAAAAACAAGAAGAAGAUUCAACAAGUUUACUUGAUUGGAGAUUUGUGAUUGCAGGGUAUUGUUUUGGAGUGACAAUUGGGUUGGUGAUUAGACAAACUAUGUUUAGGAGGAUCAUUGAAUGCUUCAAGUUAACAUCAAAUUCAAAUCAAAGCGAAGGUCAAAGAAGAGCAAAAGGUAUGGAAGAGUAA